AUGACCAAAGACGCGUUCGACGAGUUGCUCGGAAAAGUCGGUCCACUGAUUGCAAAGGCAGACACCCGUAUGCGUUUGUCAAUCGGACCCGCCGAGCGACUCGCCAUCUGCCUACGGUACCUGGCAACCGGUGACUCGUACAGGACCAUAGCAUUCAGCUAUCGGGUCGGGCAUGCAACAGUGGCUGUCAUCGUCAAGGAGGUUGCGGGUGCCAUCUGGACCGCGCUGGUCGAGGAGACCAUGCCGGUACCACAGACGGAGGACUGGAGAGCCAUCGCUGCUGGGUUCCAGGAGCGCUGGAACUUUCCAAAUUGCGUUGGUGCCAUUGAUGGGAAGCACGUGGUGAUCCAGGCUCCGGCAAAUUCUGGGUCCCUCUACUUCAACUACAAGUCCAGCCCCUCCUUGGUACUGCUGGCAGUCGUGGAUGCUGAGUACCUCUUCAGGGUAGUGGAUGUCGGAGGUUUUGGAAGGAGCAGCGACGGUGGGAGCCUGCGGAAUUCCGCUUUUGGAGAGAGCCUCAGAGAUGGCAGUCUGCAGCUACCACCUGAUACCGUCAUCCCAGGAGCAGAGCGGCUCGGCCUUCUUCCCCAUGUGUUUGUUGGAGAUGAGGCUUUUCCGCUGCUGGACAACCUGCUGCGUCCGUUCCCUGGACGUCAGCUCACGCGUGAAAGGAGGCUGUUCAACUACCGCCUCAGCCGGGCCAGGAAGACAAUAGAAAGGUCAUCACGCACACCUGUCGUCCCUGUCGUCGCAGAGUCGAGUGAUGAAGCUCCAACCCUGCGCGAUGCACCUAUGAUGGGCUCAAACAACGCCACACGCUGA